AAAGUUGUUGCAAGUAGCAAGUUGAAGUUUCGUAAGUUCUGUCUGGAUUCGUCCUCCAUUUUUUCUCCAUCGCCGUCACCGUGUGCAGUUGCAUCGCUCGCGGCGGGUCGAGUCGCGAUAGUUUCGUGAUCGAGUGGACUUCGAAAGCUGUGCCGCUCCAAAAUGUCGUCCUGUAGAUUGUUCGGUGUCUCUGAAAAGCUCUCGGAAGUGAGCAUUAAAUACCUCAGCAGCCAUGCUCCAUUCCAACAAAGAUUUCUAUCUACUACUGCUGUCUCCAAACAAGCAGAGGCGGCUCCCUCUUCUGAUGGCAAACACCUGAGCGUGAAAAAAGUCGGCAAUGUUGCUGUCAUGACAUUAAAUUCACCCGGAGCAAAGGUGAAUUCUUUAAAUGCAGCUGUCAUGAGUGAAUUUGGAGCAGCCGUCGAGGAGUUCCAAGGGGACUCUUCUGUUUCAUCAGCCGUUCUUAUCUCGGGCAAGCCAGGUGUUUUUAUUGCCGGUGCAGAUAUUACAAUGUUAGCUGCAUGUAAAACAAAAGAGGAAGUGAAGAAUAUCUCGGUAUCUGGUCAAAAUUUAUUGGCAAAGGUUGCGGCAUCUAGGAAACCCAUCGUAGCUGCUAUAAUGGGGCCUUGCUUAGGCGGAGGGCUUGAAGUGGCUCUAUCAUGUCAGUAUCGUAUUGCUGUUAAAGAUCGUAAAACAGCUGUGGGCCUGCCAGAAGUGAUGCUUGGUCUUUUGCCUGGAGCUGGUGGGACCCAACGGUUACCUAAGUUAACCUCAGUUCCUACUGCUCUUGAUCUUGAGCUAACCGGUAAGUCAGUGAAAGCUGACAAAGCCAAGAAACUAGGUAUUAUCGACCUGUUGGUAGAUCCCCUUGGGCCUGGAUUAGCCCCUGCAGAGACUCGAACAAUGGAAUAUCUAGAAGAAGUUGCUGUCAAAGUGGCACAAGAUAUUGCUGCUGGUAAAAUUACACUCCAAAGGAAGAAAGGUUUAACCGAUAAAGUUUUGAAUUUCGCUCUUGGUUAUGAUUUUGUCAAAGAUAAAAUUUUUGGCAAAGCCAAAUCGUCUGUCAUGAAAAUGACAGGUGGAUUAUACCCAGCACCUUUAAAAAUCAUCGAAGUGAUUCGAACUGGCAUCGAUAAAGGGCCUCGAGCAGGGUAUGAAGCAGAGAGUGAAGGCUUUGCAGAGCUAGCGAUGACUCCUCAAAGCAAAGGUCUCAUUGGUCUUUUCUUUGGACAAACCGAAUGUAAAAAGAAUCGUUUUGGCAAACCACAAACACCUGUCAAAACUGUUGGAGUUCUAGGUGCCGGUCUCAUGGGAGCAGGAAUUGUCCAAGUCAGUAUUGAUAAAGGUUACAAUGUUAUAAUGAAGGAUGCCACAGAUAAGGGCUUAAGAAGAGGCGAAACUCAAAUAGCGAAUGGUCUCAUUAAUGGCGUUAAAAGGAAACGUCUGUCUGCGCUGGAGAAGGACAGGUAUUUAGCAAAUUUAGAUGCAACUUUAUCCUAUGAUAGUUUCAAAAAAGCUGAUCUCAUCGUGGAAGCAGUAUUCGAAGAUAUCAAUGUCAAGCACAAGGUUAUCAAAGAACUAGAACAGGUUGUACCUCCUCACUGCAUAAUUGCUACAAACACUAGUGCUAUACCAAUAGCUAAAAUCGCUGCUGGUAGUUCCCGCCCAGAAAAGGUUAUUGGAAUGCAUUACUUUUCACCUGUAGAUAAAAUGCAAUUGCUUGAAAUUAUCACACAUGAUAAAACCUCAAACGACACUGCUGCUGCUGCUGUUUCAGUUGGUCUAAAGCAAGGGAAAGUAGUCAUCGUCGUUAAAGAUGGUCCUGGAUUCUAUACAACUCGUAUUCUUUCAACAAUGUUAUCGGAAGCUAUGCGGCUUCUUCAGGAAGGAGUGAAUCCAAAAGAUUUAGACAAACUCACCAAGCAAUUCGGGUUCCCAGUAGGAGCAGCGACUCUGUCGGACGAAGUUGGAAUUGAUGUAGGAUCUCACAUUGCAGCGGAUCUUGCUAAAGUGUUUGGUGAACGUUUUGCUGGAGGUAACCUUGGUAUUCUGCAAGACAUGGUCAAACAGGGAUUCUUAGGACGAAAAUCAGGCAAAGGCUACUUUGUCUACAAGUCAGGCACAAAAGAUCGCCCUGUUAAUGAUGGAGCUCUAGGUGUCAUCAAUAAUUAUAGAACAGACCCUAAGGGAGAGUUCACAGAUGAAGAUAAGCAAUUACGUUUAGUAUCUAGAUUCGUCAAUGAAGCUGUACUCUGUCUACAGGAGACUUUGUUGAAUGGACCUGUGGAAGGUGACGUCGGCGCAGUUUUUGGAUUAGGAUUCCCUCCUUUCACUGGUGGACCAUUCCGAUGGGUUGAUCAGUAUGGAGCUGACAAACUCGUCAAGAAAAUGGAGCUCUACCAUUCACUGUACGGAGCACCUUUUGAGCCGUGUCAACUUUUGCUGGAUCACGCCAGGGACAGUUCAAAGAAAUUCUACCCAUCUUAAUUUAAUACCAAGACUGACCAGAGUUAGAGCUUCAAGAACACACCUCUGAAUCAGAGAUUUAUUUCUUGUAGUUGUAUUCACAACAUUUUUAUCCAAAUUUUAUCUCUCUCUCUAUCUCUCUUCUUUCAGGGUGAACUGUCUUGAAUACCUUUUCUCUCUGAUAUGUGUAAAUCUAAGGCUAUUUUAAAAUCCAAUUUUUUUUUUUUUUGGUGUUGUUAGUUUUUUAUUAAACAAGUUAAGACUGAUACUGGUAAUUGGGGUGAAUGUUAAUGUGUGAUUAGUGCCUCCCAAAUUGUUAAGUCGAUAGUGCUGACUUUAUUUUUUUACUUCAAAUGCCUAACUUAGCUGUCGAAUUAGCAAAUAUUUUUGUCUACAUCAGAAGUACUCAAAUAAUAAAUGAUUGAAAUGUAUCCACUCCCAGUAAUUUUUUGUUGAGUGUCCUAUCAACGGAACAUGUUAUGCUUGAGGACCUUCAUUUAAGCAUGACGUGUUAGUUAUAAUUAGUUCAAAUUUUAAAUAGGCUCUCAGAUUUUGAAAGAAGAAGAAAUUUCCAGCUGUGCUUCGAACAUUUUUACUUACUCUAUGUUAGUUCUUCAGUUAGCGACACCGAGGUCUUGAAAGAAAGUUUCCCUACUUUAAUACACACAACCAUUUUAAAAUUCCUAACUCGAACAGUGUGAAAUACUUGAGUCUGCUCAGAAUCUCUGUAGAAGUUUAAUCAAAAUGCAAGCAGUGGUUUUUUUAAACUAGAUUUUAUUCCUUUUUUCUCCCACCUGAUGAGUAUCCAAAUAUGUGUUUUCUGGAAAAUCUUUAAUUUCUGAGCACUACAUAUCAUGGAGUUUUAAUUGCAAUGUAAGCUUUGUUUUGUUGAUGUUAUUUUUAAUGUUCAUGAUGACCUUGUGAUUGCGAAAACCUUGUGGUUAUCUUUCAAAAGUCCGUAGAGUAACAUUACUAAUCAUUAAAUCAUCCCAAGCAUAUGACUGCUGCUCAUUAAAAUAAAAAAAAAUGCAGAAAUUUCCAAUGCAAAUUUAUUUAAUUUGAUGAUGAUGAGUAAAACUUACGAUCAGCUGAGAAUUUCAUCAUUUUUUGAUGUCUAGUAGUUUGCAGGUAGCAUUUGAAAUCUGUUGCAGGUCAACCUUUGAGAUGAGCAGAGAUUUCUCCUUGUCAGAUGCGUUUACUACUAAGCAUCAACAUUAUCAUACCAAUUUCUUUUUUACUGUACCAUUUCUAACUUGAUUUAGUAAUUUUGUGUAGGCACCAUGAAUUACAUUAGUUCAAAAUGUUGUUUGUAAUUACCGUGUUAACACCUUUGUAAUUAUUUUUACUCAAGUUGUUUUAAUGUUAUUAUUCUAUAGUUUAUUUCCAACAUGAAUGACUAGACAAUAUUUUUGUACCUCCAAUAAAAAACGAACCAAUUUAUUUUUCUAACUUUA